CAGCAGCCAACAUGGCGGGCGGAAGACGCGCCUGGACGCCGUCGCGGGCGCUGCGCCGCCCGUACUCAAGAUGGCUGCGAUCACCAUGCGGCUGCCGGUGGCCCGCAAGGCGGUGGGAGCGAGCGCGUCGUCCCGGGGCGGCGAGAAGCACCUGGUGGCACCGGGGGACACGAUCACCACGGACACGGGCUACAUGAGGGGCCACGGCACUUACGUGGACGAGGAGAAGCUCAUCGCCUCGGUGGCCGGCGCCGUGGAGAGGGUGAACAAGCUGGUGUGCGUCAAAGCGCUGAAAACCAGGUACAACGGUGAAGUCGGCGAUAUCGUGGUCGGGAGGAUCACGGAGGUUCAGCAGAAGCGAUGGAAAGUGGAAACCAAUUCCAGGCUAGAUUCAGUCUUGUUGCUGUCAUCUAUGAAUUUACCUGGUGGGGAACUGAGAAGGAGAUCAGCAGAAGAUGAGCUUGCGAUGAGGGACUACCUGCAGGAAGGCGACCUCAUCAGUGCAGAAGUCCAGUCUGUGUUUUCUGAUGGGGCUGUAUCACUGCACACCCGGAGUCUGAAAUACGGGAAGCUUGGCCAGGGUGUGCUUGUUCAGGUCUCGCCCUCCCUUGUGAAACGCCAGAAGACUCACUUCCACGACUUGCCGUGUGGUGCAUCCGUGAUCCUCGGCAACAACGGUUUCAUCUGGAUCUACCCAACUCCAGAGCAGAAAGAUGAAGAGGCAGGGGGCUUCACCACCAACCUGGAGCCGGUUCCCUUGUCUGAGCGGGAGGUGAUCUCACGGCUCAGAAACUGCAUUGUGGCUCUGGUUACUCAGAAGUUGAUGCUCUUUGACACCAGCAUCCUGUAUUGCUAUGAAGCAUCCCUUCCUCAUCAGAUCAAGGACAUUCUCAAACCGGAGGUGAUGGAGGAGAUUGUUCUGGAAACCCGACAGAGGUUGCUGGAUCUGGAGGGAUAGGACAUGCGGCCAGAUGCAGUCAUUUGAAGUCCCAGCACGGCAGCUUUUGAUUCUCAGUAUUUUAUUUUCCAGUGUUCUAGUCCCUAACAAUCAUUCCACACUUCAGAAACCACCAAAAUUCCUCAUUUUAACUCCUAGGAUACCUCCUGAGCCCUUUUAGUAGUAAAGUACAAUAGCCUUUAGUGCAGCAGCCUAUCUGACCUUCACGAAGAUGCAGGUGCAACUGGGACAUAUAUCAUAGCACUUGUUGCUGUGUCUAGUGCCCCUGGACUUUGUGCAGAAUGAUAGGAAGGGAUAUAUUUUUGUGAUGUUUCUCUCUUCCCCAAAGGCUUUCUAAAUUGUUUUGAUUUUCUUUUACUGUGAUAUAGAUCUGCCAGUCUGUUUUCUGACUGAGAGCUCUUGGUUUUUCUCUUUAAGACUGCAGAUCACAGGUACAAGUCUUUAGUGGACAGGAGUAUCCACACCCUUGCUAACCGUAUUUUGUGUCUGGCUGUUCAUGGCUUCUGUGUGUCAAGGGUAUGAGAUUGGAUGUGGCACGAUGUGGCUGUCCAUGUGAGCCAGGAGCCAUGGGUGAGCAGUGCCGUCUCAGUCUCUGUGCAUCCUGCCGGUCCCUUUUUUACGUCUGAUGUGGUGAGCUCCUCUGAGGAGGCUCCAGUGUUGUUUUCUAUUAAAGAUUUUACAUUUCAAUAAAUUUUUUUGAAACGGAUCAGUCAUUCAGGAGUGUGUGCAUUAGCUUGUCUUUCUCCAGAAUGAAUUGGGUCUAGCUUGAGAGGUAUGGUUGGCUCAAGUUUCCUUGUGCCAGCACACUCAGAAUGGUCGCAAUGUCCCGUUAUCUCCUCUUCAGCUGUUGCUUCUCAUCCCAUUCAAGCAGGACUUGACCUGCCUCUUCACCGUAUCUUCUGUGCAGAGUUCCUCUGUAAGUAGAUUGCCUGGCAUUGUUCACCGUGGCGCUCUCAACAUUGCUUCCCUGCAGCAUCCCACGGAGAGGUGAGUCGUGCAGUGGCUGUGUCUGGGGGAUGGCAGGGAGCCCAGUAUGACACUGGUGAAGAUCCUCAGGCCAGUGGUUAGAGAUGGGCAUGCAGAGCCAAACGUUGGCAGUCUUCUGUACGGAAUGGAUGUCAUGCUUUCCUUAGAGCAUCCUCUCAGAUCUUUGGUGCUAUAUUAGAGCUAUUUGUAUUAUAUAUGUAUUGUGUAUAUAUAUUGCAUUUGUAUUGUAUUAGAGCUGCUUGCACCACAGUGCAGUAGUUCUUAAAAAGGAUGAAAAAGCAAAAUAUCUGACCUAAUUGUCCCUGAAUCUAAUUCUAAUGUUACAAAUUCUCGUGCUUGCCCCAGGCAAAAGGAAAAAAUCUUUGCUCAAUCUUUUCCCGGGAACUAGAAACACCCUUUGUCGCUUCUCACCUAGUUCAGUCUGCUCUGCCUGCAGUCCAGAGUAAGCACUAGGUGGCAGCUUCGGAUCGUGUGUGUGGUAUUUGCCUUCCCCAGCAGCUCUGCCUCAUUGCCCUGCCAAAUAGCAAAGGCUGGAUGUCUGCCACCAGCGCUGCUGCCUAAAUACUAGAGCGUUACGGAGCUCAGGGGCUAAGGACAAGCAAGGACAUGGGUAAUCCAUUCUGCUGCUGCACAACUCAGACUUCUGCUCGUGCUGCCUCUGUAAAAUAGUACUUAACUUCUUGGGGAUAUCGGUGGAAUGUUCCACACAAGACCUGGGAAUUGUUAUUUUUGAGUUUUAUGAGGUUUCUCAAUCACAUCCUCAAGAUGACUUCGGAAAUUUGAAAACUAAAGCUUGAUGGUGACACUUUCAGGUCUGCGCAUGAGGCUGGUAGCGACUUUAUCCACAUUUGCAUGGACAGGAACAGUGCAAAAAGGGUAAAUGCUUUAGCAGCCUUUGCAUCUUUUAAUUAUAAAAGUACCUCUUAUACCUCUUUUUUCCCUAUCCAAUUGCUGUAGUUUAGCAGCUCUUUAUCUUAUUACCAUCUGGGGAGAUUCAGGGAUUUCUGCUGUGAGCCUUCUAGGUAUAAGCAGAUUGGGGAUAUACAAGUAAUGAGAUAAAGUAUGUGAUGUUCCCUUUUUUUAAAGUAUUUUUGAAGGCUGAUGGAGAGGUCUGUAGUUAAUCCAGUAGAUCUCUCUGCAUCUCUGCCACUUAAAUUUAACAACUCUGUGUCAGUUAAAGGGCAAAGGAGUGAAGAGACUGUACUUCACUACCACCUAGAGAGACUUGAUAUCUGGAAAUUCUGCUGAACUGGUACAUGAAUGCAAAAUGCUUCUCAAGCAGCUGCUCUGCAGGCAUCUAACAGGUCAGAACGGGGUUGGGGGCAUUAUGAGGCUCUUGAAAGUGCUGUUGGGGAUGUGGUGGAAACGUGCUGAGGCAGUGUGGUUAAUUUAGAGUUGGAUCAUGCUCGUGGGUACCGAGCAUGAGCUGUCAGACCUGCAAGGUGAGACAGUGCCAGGUUCUUACAACACAGAUCUCGGGGAAAGGGUGCUGGUGUCCCUGCAGCAGGCUGUGUGGCAGGCUGUGUGGGCUGCACAGCUGUGGUGUUACAUUUUACAUUUUUUUUUCUUAUUCCUCUCUUUUUUUUGUUGUUCUUUUUUUACCUCUACAUAUCAGUCUUUAAAACUGUGGCCUAUUUCCAGGCUUCUUAUGCUAGCCCUCUCCCCAUUGUGAACCUUUUUUGGUUAUUUAUACUCAUUUAUUGAGUAUACAACCUGAAAAACAAUCAGCUCAAGAUCUGGACUGCUUCAGCUCUGAGGUUUCUGUUUUCUCCUGCUCACUGCAGCAUUCUUGAUAUUUUGGCCUUGGGGAUGUAUGAAAUGGGGGAGAGUAUGUGACUUAUCCAGUUCCCAUGCUCUUGAAUACCUGGCACUUUUGUUUUUAAGCCUGAUACCAAGAGCACCAGCUGGUAAGGUUUGGUUACGGAUCUUUUCCAAUGUGUGGGGCAACUGAAGGUCCCAGUAUUUUCCUCCCUGGCCACGAGGGGUCAUUGCCGUUCUUUGCAAAUUCAGCACAGUGCCAAGCCCGGACGUAAAUUCUGUAAGAAGGCUUCAGCGCGGGAUUUGCUGACAGCUCCUGCAAACCCAUCAAGCACAGCUUUGCAAGCCAUCAGGUAACAAGAGACCAGAGUGACAAACUUGCUGGGGGAGGGAGAUGCUUCCUGAGCAGUUUCAGUGAUUCCUAAGAAAGGUACCAGGCCAGUGGCCGUUUACUGUUGAUUUGGCUGAAUCCCUGUGACUUUUCACUCUCUUGACAAAUGUUGAGGGCCACCAGUGCUCAUCCAUCUUGAAAGCAACUGGAUGUGCUGCUGGGGCUCAUGAUUCCCAUAUGGAGAGGCUUCAAGUAUCACUGUUCAGUCAGGACCCACAAUGUGGCAAAUGACUUUUUCGCCAUGCCCAGCAGAGAUGAGUGAGGAGUCAGAUGGGGUCUGGGGGAGGCUCUGGCAUCUCAGGUAGGUGAGGGAGCCAGAGGCCCCUUUUUCUGUGGGCAGGUCUGCACAGGAGUAUGGGCAGGCUAUAUAAAAAAAUGCCUUUCAAAUGGGAAGUGCUGGAGAUGUAAAGGAGGACUCCAGCAAAAGUAGUGUCGUCUUUAAUUCUUGAAAUAGUCUGUGGGAUUUUGCUAGGCAACUUCUAAGCGGGAAGGGUGAAAAGGAAAAACUGUGGCUUCUCUGGUUUAAGAACAAAACCAUAGUCGACAGCAGGGUGGGAAAAACCUAGUAAGUGUUCCUUUUUAUGAGGAACUAAAAUGCCCAUGCAGCCAUUAAAACAGCUUAGACCAAUCUGAUUUUCUUUGGUCACCAGUGUCUGACAGUGUGGAGCCUGUUUGUAAACCAGCUGUAGCACCUGCCUGUGCUGCUCACUCCAGGGUUAAUACAUGGCAGACACGUGCUUGAAAGUGGAGCUAGUAAAUAGUUUCCUUGCUGGUGAGUGCUGCCUGCAGAAAUGAGAACACAAAAUCACUCAUCUGUAGAAAAAAAAUUUCUGUUUCUUGGUGGCAGUGUUUGAUUCAUUUACUAACAUGAAGAAUGGCAACCCCUCCCUUUACUCCCAGUAAUAACCACUGUGAUAUUAAAUUUGUGCUAAUGGGUUAUUAAUCCAAUUACUGCUGCUUAUUAUGUUACUUCUGUAUCAUCUGCGUGUAGUUUUGCUGUUCAGUUGAGGUGAAUGGUAUAAAUACAAAGCUUUGAGCAGACCCUAGAAGAUAGUGAAACCCCACCGAGAUUAUAGGCAGUCUUGAAACAGUUGUCUCAGGUUCCUGAGGACUGCUAAUUAAUAUGCUAAGGUUUAUUAUUUGGUAAAGAGGUUGAAGCUUUAAGAUACUGUAAUGGAGGAAACAUCACUGCAGCUGUUGGGUGUAACAACCCACAGUUAACUGAAGGUAAACAGAAAAAGUAUUGAAGUUUCUUUUAUGAAAUAUGUGGGAUGUACACAGGCCACACAUAAGGCUCAAUUGAAAGAAACAGUCUAGAUUUUUUAUUUUAUUCUGCCUUCACACAAUCUUUCUGUCUCCUCUAAUAAUUUUUGAACCCACUGGGCAACUUCAAGUUUGUUAACGUGAGACAAUUAUGUUCACAAAAACUGGCAGCAGGGUAGGGGACAGAAAAUACAAGGAAGGAAAAGAGGGCAUAUAUCUUGCUCUGGUAUCUGGGAGUGACCAGCUGGCCCAUCUGCCUGUGGAUAGCCCCAGAUUAACUGCAGCACUGCUCUGGGAAAUGCUUUUGGAGCAACUGCUGAGUGGAAGGAGGUUGGGGACAAGCAAAGAACCCGCCCCGCUUUGCUGCUUAUGAUUGCAAAGCAUCAGAAGGAACACCUGACUAUUGACCUAAAUGAUAAAUUCACCUAGUCUGUUAAAUAAAAAAUAAGUAUGUUCAUCUGUGUAGAUCUCGGGUGAGGCAGGGAGACGCGUGUAUACAGCCUGUAUUGUCCAGAACACAAGUCCUGCUUAUUUGCAAUUACCUUUGUGUAUUUUGGUCAAGGUGGUCUGAGUAUCAUGGACCUGUGGUGGUAGUCUGGUAGGAAGGAUUAUCCAGGAUGCUCCAAUCAGACCCAGAAGGGAAUAACAUUUCCAGUAAAGGAUGGUUGGUAUUGGGUUUUGUAACAAAUUUCUCUCAAGCUGCUUGCCCUGUGUUGACAGACAGCUUUGUUUCCUCAGUUUCUUUCAAUCCAUGGGGGCUGAGCAGGGGGUUAGAUCAUAGCAGUGAGAAGCUGAGCUCCAUUACCGAGAUAAACUGGAGAAAUUCUGCUGAGUUGGAGAGAUGUGACCCUGGAUUUGUCUCAGCAUGAUGUACCAGAAUUUCUCUCUCCCGCGUGUAGCACAAACAGCCUCAGUAUCUGCAAUUUGAGUCACUAAUAGAGAAAUGCAAUAGAAAUGGUUGGGAAUCAGUCUCCUGGCUAAGAAUUAGUGAUGUAGGAGCAAACUGGCACAGCAGAGGUGGAAGAUCCCAUCAGGCCAUAUGAAGUGCUACAUUUCAGAUGCUAUUGUUGGAAGAUGAAAAAUACAUGUCUGCCAGGGACCUUGAAUAUGGCGUAGGAGACACGGAGUAUGUUUGGAUUUGUCACAAGGGAGGAGCCGGUAUAAACAAGCCGCUCUGUGUCCAGAUGGUUACCCUGAGCAGGAGGCUACUGCACAAAAUUGCAUUUCUGUGUUCUCCCGCUGUCGAGUGGGAGCAGCCACAGACCUUUGACCAAAACACUCUGACCUCAAGCUGCUACCUCAACCCUCUGCUAUUCCCAAGGUGAACUGGAGAACAUAUGAGAAACUAAAUAUCUUCAGCAUCACCGUCUGUGCUCUUUAGCUCAGGGAACAUCGUGCUGUACAUCUAAGGGUACCACAGUGAAGGCUGAAGAAUUUGGGGGUUUAAUCUUUGUACCGCAUGGUACACAGAAGUAGAUCAAUAAAAUGCUUG